CCCCUUGCCUCGAUCUACCACGUCGUAUACAUCUCCAUCAUGUUGCAUAGAAUCCUCGUCUUGUUCGCUGCACUGGCCCUGGCGGUCGUGUUCUUCUUCUCUGGACAGGCGGAGGCGUCGAAGGGUCCAGUCAUCACGAAUAAGGUGUACUUUGACAUCAAGCAUGGUGACAAGGAACUCGGUCGAAUCGUCAUGGGAUUGUACGGAAAGACCGUACCUAAGACGGUCGAGAACUUCCGGGCGCUCUGUACCCGCAAGACUCAGGAAGGUGAAGAGCUCGAUUACGGCUAUGAGGGAUCGUCUUUCCACCGAAUUAUCAAGCAGUUCAUGAUCCAAGGUGGAGAUUUCACCAAAGGAGACGGAACUGGAGGUAAAUCGAUCUAUGGUAACAAGUUCGAAGACGAAAACUUCAAGUUGCGACACACAGGACCUGGUGUAUUGUCCAUGGCUAACGCUGGGAAGGACACCAACGGGUCUCAAUUCUUCAUCUGUACCGUCAAGACCUCAUGGCUUGAUGGCAAGCAUGUCGUGUUCGGUCACGUUAUGGAAGGUAUGGAUGUUGUCUACGCCAUGGAGAACGUCAAGACUAGUGGAAGCAACCGACCCAACGAGGCAGUCACGAUUGUCAGGUCCGGCGAGCUCCCUAUGGAGGAAGAAGUGGAUGACAAUGGCAACCAGCCCGAUUACGAAGGUGACGAAGAGGAAGACACUUCCAUACCGAUAGAAGAAGAAGACGACGACCUGGCGAGUGUCGCAGGAGGCAUCAAAGAAGACGAUCAACUGCAUCGAUCAGCUGGAGGGAUCUCGAUGGUCUCCAUCCUCGGAGGUUUCAUUGUGCUCGGUGGAAUUGGAGCCGCAUGGUACUUUUUCGCUGGUGGGAAGCAGAUGAUCACAAGAUAUAGGUCGGUGGACAGAGUGACUGAACAUCCACCUGCCUCGCCAGCAAUGUCCUCGUCUCACGAUCCAUUGGAGCUGGGACCACCCGUCCAUGGAAGCGAAGCAUCCUCACAGGCUGGUGCGGCUGCUGCUGCUGCCACCACGACCACUGCCACACAGUCUCAACCAUCGCAUCCGCCUUUACAACAUCUCAGGACAGCACCGACCACCUUGCCAGCUCGAGCGGCUGCUUUCGCGCCAGAUGGAGGUGUUGCAGAUACCAUCCCAGAGCGCGAAUCCAUCAAGCCGUCCAGGUCUGAGUCUGAUGCCUCAUCCACUCCCACCGUGUACGAAGGCAAUGUCUUACCUCGACAGCAAGUUCCAGCAGCCGUAGGAGGCAUGCAUGGACAAUUCUUACCUGGAAGUCGGCACGCUCAACAGGGUCAACAGGGAGAGAUUCACGAAAAAGACCUUCAGGCAUCUACGACGGGAGGCAAAAGCGGACCUGAGAUAGCAGCUUUGGCUCGAAAAGAAUUAGGUUUAGAGGCCGAUGGAUCCAUGACCGAUGAAAAAACGGCUCAAAAAGCUCGAGACGCUUUAACGCAUGACGCUGAUCCGGCUGCAGCCACACGAUUGGAGAGGACUCAGACGGGAACCAAAGUGAAGCGACAUGUUCAAACGUCUGCUGGACAUCCCACGUCGACCACAUACGGUAUGGUCCCAGUCACCCGGAUGACAUCUCAACCUCCUGCCGUCAGCCCAUUCGGUGGUAUUGCCCCGGAGGGCGUUGAUGCAGAAGAAGGUCUAUCACCAGUCAGAAGUCACGAGGAGGAACAAGAGAGAGAAGAGAUGAGGAAACAAAAAGGCCCAGAUCCUUGGGCUGUAAAGUUUGCACCGGGUGAAGCUUCAAACCCAAAGAACUGGUCUGUCGGUUAUCGUUGGUAUUUGACCGGAAUCGCCGGAUUAACAGUCCUCAACUCUACUUUCGCCUCUUCGGCUCCCUCGGGAAUCGUAGAGGAUAUGGAGAAGACGUUUGGAUUCGGAAGAGAAAUCGCAACGUUGACCAUUGCUUUGUUCGUCGCUGGGUAUUGUGUAGGUCCUCUCGUCUGGGGACCUCUCUCAGAGAGCUAUGGCCGUCGCCCCAUCUUCUUGCUGUCUUUUCUCGUCUAUACUGGAUUCCAGGUCGGAUGCGCUUUAUCGCCUAAUACCGCCAGUAUUCUCGUCUUUCGUUUCCUCGGAGGCUGCUUUGCAGCUGCUCCAUUGACCAAUAGUGGUGCCAUGUUGGCGGAUAUCUGGGACCUCGAUCACCGAGGACAGGCUAUGAGUAUCUAUUCACUUGCUCCGUUUGCUGGCCCGUCUAUUGGUCCGAUCGUGGCCGGUUUCAUCUCAGUUUCUGGCACUGACUGGAGAUGGGUUUACUGGAUCCUUACCAUCUUCGCCGGAGUCUGCUUGCUCAUUAUCCUGUUCACUGUCCCGGAGACAUACGCACCUGCCAUUCUCGUCGUCAAGGCGAAACGGCUGCGGAAAGAGACGGGAGAGGAGCGAUGGUAUGCCCCGCUGGAGCACGGAUCCAAGCAGACCUGGGGUCAGAGACUCAACAAUAUCCUCUUCAAGCCAUUCGUCAUGCUUGUUCAGGAGCCCAUGUUGAUGGCCGUCACUUUGUACAUGUCCUUUGUCUACGGUAUUGUAUACCUCUUAUUCGAGGCGUACCCGUUCGUUUUUAUCAUCAACCAUGGUUUCAAUACUGGAGAAAACGGACUCUGUUUCCUCGGGUUUUUCGGAGGUGGAUUCUUGGCAGUCGUCUUCUUCAUGACCGUUAUUGAGCCGCGAUAUCAGCGCCAUGCAGCUAGGAUGGCGCCUCAACCUCCCAAGCCAGAAAAGCGUCUCGAAAUGUCCAUCCUUUCCGCUUGGGCUCUCGUUAUUGCUCUCUUCUGGUUCGGAUGGACAUCUUACGCGUCCAUCCACUGGAUCAGUCCGGUGCUUGCUGGUGGUUUGAUCGGAGUAGGAGUCUUGGGCAUGUUUGUCUCCAUGUUCAACUACAUUAUCGACGUCUACUUGUGGGCCGCUGCAUCCGCACUGGCAGCUACGACGGUUUGUCGAUCUGCAUUUGGAGCUGGGUUCCCACUGUUCGCCACGCAAAUGUAUGCCAAGUUGGGAACUCAAUGGGCUUCGUCCUUGCUUGGAUUCCUGGCUCUACUUAUGGCGCCUAUCCCGAUCGUCUUGUUCGUCUAUGGACCCACGUUGAGGAGAAGAUCCAAGUAUUCCCCGACGGCGUAGCGUAGAAGGGUGAUGUCGUAUCAGAUAUCUGACCUGCAUCUUUGUUCGUACGAUCUCAGACUAAUUCAUAGUGCUUUUGGCCUGAACAUAGACACUACUGUUUAAUAAUACCACGCUGUAGCCGCUAGUCAAUGUAUCCAGAUGACAGCAUUG